GCGCCGCUCAGGCGGCCGUUGGGGCCGUUGCCGCCGGCGCGCGUGGCCCUUGGGGCCGUUGCCGCCCGCCCGCGGCCGUUGGCGGGGAGGGAGGCGUGUCGCUUGCGGCCGUGCCGGUGCUGGCAGGCUAAGUAAGGGUGCACGGGGGGGUCUUCGGAUGUGAGGGUUAUAUAUGGUAGCAAUAAAGGCCAAUAAAAUGUUUCUUAAAUUUAAAAAGGGCGGGGUUGUGUUCCCAUAAAUGUUUUAUAAGUGUUUUGAUUUAUUGAUGAGAACAGCAGAAAUUGGCAUCUGCUUUCACUGCUACAACUACUAAUCAGCUGAGUUCCUGGAGCUGCAGAGCAUUUCGGUGCAGAGCAUUUCGGUGUCAGAGCUUGGCCACGUGGGUAAAUACAUGCCAGUGCUUUCAUGGUGUUGCAUGCUGAUACAGUCCUCUGUGUCCCAAGCCUGCCUCUUCUGCAUGUGUGUUGCAGUCAGCUGAAAGGAGUUUUAACUGCAUUAGUUAAUUUACAAAUUGAGAAGUACAUAUUGAAGAAAUACUCAUGUGAUUCCACUGACACAUACAGAUUCCUGCAGGAAUUUGCAAGCGUAUUCAGAUGUAAUCUUUAUUCAGUAAGAAAUAUGGACCAACAGAUCAGCAUGUUUUUCAUCUCUGUCAGCAUCCAAUCUUUGUUGGGGAGAUCGUGAUGAUUCAGCCAUUGGACUAAUCUCAGAUGUGCAUUUGCUAAAGAGAUAGGAUGAAGGUGUAUUUGUUUCUUCAUCUUGGCAACUCACUGCAUACUUGAUGCACACAGUCUUCUAGAUCAGGGAGAUUUCAAACCAAGAACUGCAAGAGUUAUGUAGCUGCAAUGAAUGAAGCAAGCAAACCUGACAAAUAUGAGUUCAUUGCCUAGAUGGCACGUAUGCAUUAUCAUCAAAUUCACUGAAUUUUGAACAUCAUGGACUUGCUGCUUAGUAAGUCUAACGCAUCCAGUGAGUCUGACAUGUCCAGUUUGACACUCGGAGCAUGCGCAUGGAGUCCAGACUGUACUUCUGUGCACUGCAGAACGUAGCGUGUGGAUAAUUGGGCAAGAACAACUUGGCCAUGCCUAGGUCCGCGUAUGUGCACGGACUGUUAUCCAGGAUGUCUUCAAUCUUAAAAUCCCAUGACUGCUGUUCAAGGUCUUAGGCGUGCAAAUUACAGCACAGAGCUUGAUUGCCUGCAUAUGGCUAAAGCUGCAUAGAGGCACAUGUAUGAAAUAAUGUGCAGAGCAAGGCUUUAGAGAUGGGGAAAAUCACUAGACAUGCUGAUGUCCUCAAUAGCUUCUGGACCGUUAUAAUCAAGACAAUAAUACCAAUAGGGUAAUGCCGCAGGUGAGGUGUAACUAGAUGAAAAAGCGUGUGAUGAGAGAUAAAUGGAGAAGAGAAGACAGAAAAAUUGGAAGAAAACUGAAGAAGGGAGGCGGAGAGGAAAAGGUUAAGAGCUAUGGCUUCCUUCAGCAACCUGACUAUUGGUAUUGCUGUUGCCAGUUUUGCUGUAUUUCAGGUCCUGUUCCAUGUUUUAAGUUCUUGGGUAUCAACACGAAUAACUCCUGGUUUUAACAGUCUCAGCCAAAAAAGGAAGAUUGAAUGGAAUUCAAGGGGUGAUCCUUCAAUUGUGAAACUGAAUAUUGCUAUUACCACAGGCUACCUCAUUUCUGAUUUGUUGCUUAUUAUUUAUUACUGGAAGGCUAUUGGUGACAAAUUUUUUGUAAUACAUCACUUGGCAGCUCUGUAUGCUUACUCCUUUGUACUGAGCAAAGGUUUGUUGGCUUAUUUUGGAAACUUCCGUCUGCUUGCAGAGUUCUCCACUCCUUUUGUGAAUCAGCGGUGGUUUUUUGAAGUAUUGGGAUAUCCCAAAUCUUCAAAGGCCAACAUCAUCAAUGGUGUGCUGAUGACAAUUGUGUUCUUCGUGGUGAGAAUUGCAGUCAUGCCUACGUAUUAUAGCAGUGUAAUUUCUACGUUUGGAACAGAGGCUUUCGAGAGGUUAGGGUUUGCAGCCCAGAGCGCCUGGAUUAUCUCAAGCAUUGUUCUGGACGUUAUGAACGUGAUGUGGAUGGUCAAAAUUACAAAAGGAUGUUACAAAGUUAUUUGUCUUAUUGGACAGCAGGAAGCCAAAACCCAUAAAAAUGGGAAAUCUGACUAGAAAUCACAUGCAUAAAAUUAAACUUUUACUAUGAAAAUAGUUUGAGUUCACUGAAACGGUGCACAUUUCUGCUAUGGAAUGCUCCUCUUAAGGAAACAAGGUAUUACCUCUGUACUGAUCUUACUCCUUCCCUAGCCACACUGCCUGCACACCCAGGGUCACGCUUUAAGGAUCUUACCGAAUGAGGAGCAACAGCAUAAGUUCACGCAAAAGAAUUCUAGGUGUGUGUUCUGAGCACUUAGCAAGCUACUGCAGUUAGAAGGGGGCUGACUGCUUACUUGCUUGCUGUCUACCAGUGUGUUCUUAAGUGUUUCACUCAGGUUCUCACAUUAAUGUGUUUUAUAAAUCCAAUGAAUACUGACUCUCCUAAAAAAAAAAAAAAAAAAAAAAAAAAAAUCCUGAUAUGGUGCAAUUUUUCUGGCAUGUUCCUAUGUUUUCUUGUAGGAAUAUUUAGUGUUAACAAUCAAGAUUUCAUUCUUGACAACUUUUUAAUUUUUGCAAGAAAAACAAAAAAUAUAGCUUUGAUUCUAUGAAGUAUUUUACUGCUUUUUGUUCUGUUUGUAUGCAUGCACAUUAUUUGGGGGUUUUACAAAAUAAUUUCAUCUAAAAUGCUGUAUUAUAAGACCACAAAAUAUCUUUAAAAAACUGUUAAAAUUCUCCAAUUUUGAUGGGAAGUAUUAACUUCUACUAUGUUAGCUUACAUACAGUCGUACAUCUACUAAAUCUCCCAUGGAAGUUUUUUCAUAAGUUAGCAUGGUAAAUGAUAUGUGGAAACAGCAUAAUUCUGACUAGAGUGAUUUUUUUUUUUUCUUUUGCUGCUACUACCUUUGAGAAGUAUUGUAGCUCCACUCUGUUUUUUACCAUGGGACAUUUGGGAUUUUAAGCUUAAUUGUAAAGAGGUAAAAUUCUUCUGUACAUGUGCUGUGUAACUUAAUACUUUUUUUAUUUUGUCACAGAAAUGACCCAUUUGCUAUGAAAUACUGAGGUCUGUUUGCCCCAUUUUUCUUGUUAAUCACAUUGGAAAUCUGAGGUGCUGAUUAAAAACAGUCUUGAAUUCAGCAAGGAGUUGAAUUUUGUACACGUUGAAAAAGCUGUGUCAAAAUUCUUUAAAGCUAUCAAGUAAUUCUGUAGAAGACGGUUCAUAUCUAUAGAAAAAAAAUUCUUUUUCAGAACCACAUAUUUGUCAAUAGCUAUAACAAACUUAAAGAUUUGGAGCAUGUCAGAAAGAAAUCUUAAUAUCAAGGAAUGGUCUAGAAUUGAAAUUAUAAUGCAAUUUGAGGAAAUUCUGUGUUUUUUUUAAAUGACUUUGAGAGCUGCAUUUGUAUGCAUAGUUUGGUUUUUGUUUUAAACCAUAUCUGAUUUGAGACUGAUCACCUUCUGUAUUUCUGCGUGCCUUUUUUUUUGUUGUUCUUUGACAUUACUUGUUACAGUAUACCUUCUGAUAAUGUGUGCUAAAGUAUGCAUUUUUCACUUACUGUUUAAGUGUUUAUCCUAAGUUUUGUAGCAGACUGUUUAAACAAUUUAUUUUUAAAUGAAGAGAGCAAAUAUUUGCCGUAUGUGUAGGAUAUUUAGUUUUCCUUUUGUCCUGUUCCCUUUAACAAAGCUGUGUGCAAAUAGCUCUUAUCCCUGCAGACCAGGGUGUCGGUGCACAGGGACUGAGCUUUUGGGCGAGGGAAGCCAAGUUCCCCCCCCUUCUAGGGGUCAGGUGUCUGUGGGAUAGAUACAAGGAGGACUCGGUAGGCUGCAGUGCCUCCUAACCAAGGUAACUGUGACCAGUUUAGUUCCCCCGUUCAAAAUAAUUCAUAGAGUGUUUUUAGGGUUAGCAUAAUACUCAUUUUUACUCUCACCGCCUAACUGGUGGUCCUUUCUUUCCAAUGCGGUUUCCCAAUCCCGCCGCCUUGGAGAUGUCAAGGAUUGUAAAUGCUUCAAUUCUUUUGAUUCUGUGCUUGUUAAUACUUCAAGUGUGCAGACGAAAGAUCUGUUUAUGGUUGGGAAACUUAGCAAUUAUUUUGUUUAGCUGUGGGGUUUUUUUGAAUGAAUGCUGUACCUUAUGUGAUCUAAAAAAUCCAUGCUCUCGGCGAAUUGAUUCCGUGGCCUGCUUUGCUGAAAGAAAGGGGCGCUCUUUUAUAUCAACUUGCAGAACCUGGUGUCCUUUAAGUAGCGAUUUCAAUGCACCUAACAAAAAAUCUAGUCUACGUACAAAGGCGCUACGUUUGUAUGACCUUAUGAUUUAAAGGUGUAGAUGAAAUAUAUCUUGUGUUGUUUUAGUUGCUAGAUCAGGGCAUUAUUUUGUAGUAGCAUGUUGCUGUCUCAAAUCAAUUUCAUAGUUAGUAAAUUCAGACAUCUUGGAGAAUCCACUUGAAAGUAGAAGUCUGCCAUUUUUUUCAGGAAGUAGGAUGAAAAAUUGAUGAUUUGAAGCAAAUCUUAAGAUGACAAGUUAUGAACGCUCUUGUAAAUUCCUCCCUUCUUAGCAUUAAUCUUUAAUACUACUCAAAUCUAAAUUUCAGUAGCUUAAGGUUUUAAGUUUUUUGUUUGUUUGUUUUCAGUGUAGAGCAUUCAUUAAAAUAGUCUGUUUCCUUCAGUUCUAGAUAGAUUUGUGUAUGAUAGGAAAGAAAUAAGACAAGCUAUAAUAAAACUAUGUUAAAACUAGGUUGGAAAAAGAACUACAUAGUGCAAAUUGGGCAACAAUCCAGAAUGGAAUAAGUAUUCUAGAACUUGCAAUAUUUUUGAUUGCUGUACAAAAUUAGUGUAAUUAUCACAAUACUUUGCAAAGCGUUAAGCUUUCAUUUUCUAAUUUGAUAUUUUAAUUAUUACAGUUGUAUCCUAAUGUAUCUACUGUAUGUCAGAAGACAACUUACUGAGGGGAAAAAAAUACUGCUGUAUUGGGCAAGGACUGUAAUAAACAGUCUGCAAAGUUGUUAUGUAAUGAAUACAUUAGUAUAGGGCACUCUCUGCCUGCCAUUAAAAGCUUAUAAUGUAGCAAAUUAGAUAGCACUGGCAACCAUUUUUCAAUUACACUUUAUUCACUUAAAAACUGUGUUGAAAUAUUUAUAAAUUUCAUAUUGCAAGCCCGUCUCUUUGCUUUUUUUAUGCAAAAGAGUAAAAGCAUGAUUAGUGGUCACUGUAAUAAAUGCUAUCUUUAGAAUCUAAUUUUUUUUUUGGUGGCUUAAAACCUCCAUUUUUAUCAAUUGCGUUGUCAAGUGUAAAGCAGAAUCUUGGUGUGUCACCAGGUUCCUUUGUCAUGGACAUAUCAAAUGGAAGGAGCUGAUCUUGUGAAAAUGCUUAAAUAUCUUGUUUUUCUUGUUUUUCUUUUUUUUAAUAUUCUUCAAUACCAGGUGACAUAAAAUUAGCACAGUGAUCAUGGCAGAGUCUAUUUGUACCAGUAAGGCUAUGUGUAGGAAUGUAAUUUUUCUUUUUGUAUGGCUUUACCUUUUAAUGAAAAAAUGAAUAAAUACCACUUUCAGAACUACUGUGGGGAAUGGUAGGUCAGGUUUUGCUUUUAUGAUUCAUUUAUGGAUGCAGUAUUUUGAGAGGGGGAAUAUAUUUCAAAUUACUCAUUGGCUAGAUGAGUGUUACAAUGGAUUUCAGUGAAGUUGAGAACCUUAUGCUAUAGAGAUGCUUAAUGGGUAUCUGUAUACAUACUUAAGUGGUAAGAAUUCCAUAGCUGAAGCCUACUCUACCUUUAUAAAUGCAUUUUAUUCUGAGUGAGCUCAGUACUUUCUUAGCUUAAUUGCCUAAAAAAAAAAAAAAACUAUUGAUUUUUGAAAAAUAUCCCAUGAGCAGGAAAAUGAGACAAGCUGACUUUAUGUAUUAUUAACAAUUCCAAAUUUUGUAUUUAAGUUUAUUGAAAAUCAAAGUAAUUGCAGUGUCUUAAAGAGAAUUACUUCUAUCUAUAUAUUAAAAAUGAAGGCAGAGGAUUACUCAUAAUGCAGAAUUCAUGUUAACCUAAGAGAAAAAACUUACACAAGUGGGCAAACGUGUACAAGCAGGUUUAAAGAGGAGCGGUGGAGGAGACUUCAACACAGUGUAGGAAUCCAGAUUUCUUCCUACUGUUGUAGCUGGGACAACAGUAAAAUAGUAAGUAGCAGAAAGUAUUAGGUAUUUCUAUAUCUCUGUGUCCACUGGCAAAUGAAAUUUGAUUCUUUCUAAAAUUUUUGAGCUGCAUAAAAUGGGUUAUUAGUUGUUAACUGCUGUAUGAAGAGGACUUUUUGUCAUGGACUUGUGUCUGUAUCAGUACAUGUAAAUACAAGCUUUCCAUGAAAGAUCAUUAACAGAGAAGUUUUGUAAAGUUGUUUUGUGAUGCUUCUGCUGAGCCAUUCAGAGGAAAAUGAAGGGCUGCUUGAAAAUUGCCCCAACUUAGGAUCUGUUGCAGUGUUCACUCCUGGCGAAGGGCAUCAAUAAAAUAAAUAGAAAGAAACUAAAAUUUUCAGAUGAAAAGUGUAAAAGAUUUUGAGAUGUAUGGAUACCCCUCUUCAUAUUUUUAAAAGCCUGCUCUACAACUUCAUUAACUGGUACAAGGGACUUCACAAGGAAGGAUUUGUUCCUGGUGGAGCAUGUCUCUUUAUGGAAUAUAUCUGACAGCUGGGAAGAGAACAGCACUUCAUUGCUCAGAUCCUGACACCAGUCAAAUCAAAAUAGUGAUCAGUAUUUACAAACUUUAACAUUCAUCCAACCCCAGGUAAAACCUCUUUGUCGGACAGGCGAAGGAAGGUCUUAUGAUUUUCUGAAAGCAACUUGCAAGGUCUUUUUAUGGGAGAGAAGAUGAAUGAUGGGCUGCUUGGGCUGUUUAGAGCUCUGGGAUUAAUACUUUUAGGUGGUAACACAUGAUAAGGUUUCUUAUCCAUUGCAAAUCUCUACUAGCUACCUCCUUACUCUGACAUUCUUGCUCUGUUUAUAGUAACCAAGCACUUUAUAGCUGAGUAAAGAAUGGAAGGUAGCUACAAAGAACAAACUGGAUUUUUUGGUAUAAGAAAUUUUUGUCAAAAGAUCUUCUCCGAUCAUUUUCAUUGUGUGGUGUCUUGCACUUGGAGGACUUCUGAUCAUAAUAAUGUACAAUAAUUUCUAAUCUAGUUGUAAUGUAAAGGAAAUGUCUUUAAGAGAGUGAAUUAUGAAGAGUUCAGCAUGUCUUGGUAUCAACCAUAUAAUGAUUGUGUGCUAUUUAUAACUUCCUGGUCAUUGAAAUUUAAAAUAUAAAAACAAAUAAAAUAUUCUGUAGUGGAUCUUUAUUUUUAAUCUGUGUGGGAUGUCAAAAAUUGUCUUGUGGACUGGACAUGCUUUUAUCAUCUUACAUUUAUGUAUAUGAGAAUUUGUACCCACAAGGAAGAUAUUGCAUGUAAAUUGUCUUCUAAGAUUUUAAAUCUUGUUAUUUUUUAAACUUUGCUAGGUUUGAAAGCAACAUUUAAUACUAAGCUCUAAUACAGAACGUAACAUUUUUGAAUGCAAUGGGAUAGAUUGUUUUUAUUGUAACCCUAUUCCGGUUUCACAAGACAAAUCCAUCAUAUAAUAGGGGGAAAGGAGGAAAAGGGCUAAUCAUGAGCUCUGGCAUAUAAUUUGCAUGCUUAGUACGCACACAUCCAAAUAUCCUGGAUUUGUUUCUAGUAUGCAUAUAACACUUUUCUUUAAUAUCUACACACACAUAUAUAUAUAUAUGUGUGUAGAAUAAUUUAUUAUUAUUAUAUGUAAAACACUUAACCUGAUAGAAAACCAAAUUGCAAAGCUGAAAAAAAUGAUUUACAAUUUAGAUAAAAGUAAUGGUUCAUGACAUUCUAAAAAUAUUUAUAUAAUCUUCUGGCUAAAACCAAACUUGAUAAAUGUUGUAAAACUAGCCUAUGUGCAGAGUGAGAAUGAAAAUUGUAAAUUCUGCCACACUGACUUCUGGUAAAUCAUGACAAUCUGGUCUGCAGUAAAGUUAAAACUCUAAUACUGUCACAAAAUAUCAGUGUCACAUUACUAAAUUCAGAUGGUAAUGUAGCCUGAGUGUCAUAGCAAUCCUUAUCAUUGCACAAGAACUUAAAAAUGCAAUAUAAUAAUUCUGCAGGUUGGUUAUCAAAGUAAUCAGUUGUAGUAAGGUGAAUGAUUAAAUAUUAUGGGUAUCAAUUUACUCUUUAUUAUAAUUUUCUGAAUGAUUUGUUUGCAUUUCAUUGAUAUUAUAGAGCAUUUCUAUAUUUUGUUUGAACAGUUUAGCAGCUUGCAUAAAGUUGUAUUGCCUGAUUAUUUUUUGAUAUAUGCAAUAAUGUCAAUAAGCAAUAAACUGCAUGUUGUAUGCAAGGUAUUGGUACUUCCUAAUAAAAUAAAAUAACACA